AUGAUGUCCUCAACGCAAGAAGAAGACCCCUUCCUCCAAGUCCAAGCCGACGUCCUCUCCGCCCUCUCCACCACCCGCCCCCUCUUCACAUCCUACCUCCGCAUCCGCUCCCUCCCCACCUCAUCCGGCACGCCCUCCCCCGAACUCCUCUCCGCGCAAGCAGACCUCACAUCCGCGCUCUCCUCUCUAGCAGAAGACCUCGCGGAUCUAGUCGAGAGUGUGAAAGCAGUGCAGAGCGAUCCGUAUAAAUACGGCUUGGAGAUCGAGGAGGUGAGUAGAAGGAAGAGGUUAGUGGAUGAGGUUGGGGGCGAGGUCGAGGAUAUGAGGGAGGAGUUGGCCAAAACUGGGAGUGGGGGCUAUGCCAAUAGGAAUGGCAGUGGGAGUACAAAUGGAGAUGGAAAUGCCUUUCGGGAGGAAGAGCCAGACUACAACGCGGAAUUUGAACACCAGCAACAACUGCACAUGAUGGCCGAACAAGACCGGGAUCUCGACGGGGUAUUCCGCACAGUUGGGAAUCUCAGACAACAAGCUGAUCAUAUGGGACGGGAGCUGGAAGAGCAGGCUGAGAUGCUGGAGGUUGUGGAUGGGUUGGCGGAUCGUGUGGGGGGCAGACUGCAGACAGGGAUGAAGAGGAUGGGGGAGGUGGUUAGGAGGAACGAGGAUGGGUUGAGUAGUUGCUGUAUUGGGGUGCUGAUUCUUGUGCUGGUUUUGUUGUUGGUUCUUGUGCUUAUCUUGUGA